GACUACGUUCCGGACAUCAAGUCUCUGCUGGAUCAAACCGUUGAUGGGGUAUAUUGCUACCUAUAUACCACUAAUGCAUUCCCCAAUCGCCAUGAUUUGCAACGCACUGUCGUGGGUGCGUGGCAAGCUGUAUGCGCAUCCCACAGAACUCUAGCCCCCGAAGCACCUGUGUAUGCCCUAGAUGAACGCAUGGUCCGUGCAGUACGUCAUCCCAUAGUCGCUACAUAUGAUCUUGGAGCACCAGGACGCCCACCGAUGAGAGACCGGUUCGCGGAGAGCGCCAUCGUUUUUGAUGCGAUCCGCGCAUUCUUCUUUGACCGAGCAGAAACCAGUAUCGCGUUUCGCUUCCCUACGCAGUUUAAUCCGAUGCCAAAUGCGGUCAUUGCGCUGGUGAUGACAGUGAUCAGAGGUCACAUUGCGGAAUGGGCUACAGGCAAGCGUGUAAAUGACAAGUUCAAGGCCGAGAGCGACACAGGGACGGUGGGGCAUACCCACCACUACCGGGGCUUUCUCGAAGACCUCAAGCAGUUUGGAGACGCAAACCCUCAAGCGUGGUUGAACAUCCGGACACGUAUGUACUCGAAGGCCUUCCGCGCUGGCGGAGGAGCCGAACUCGACACCUCAACAGCUCGUGUCUCGAGAGCCACCAUGGAGAGUGCCACCAGUCAGCUGGAGGGGCGAAUGGGGCUCACCGACAGCGAGCCGGAG